GUCGUGGUGACAGACAGAGGUUGCAAUUUGGAGUAUUCGUUUUUUAUUUGAUUGCACGAACUUAUGAAAAAAACUAAAUAAAACAGUUCAUCUUGGUAGAAACCAAGCAAGAUAAUUUCUAAAAAUGGCUCAGUGUGGUGAAUUUUUGAAAAGCCAGUUUCCUUUAAUUGAUGAUGAUUUAAAAAAAUAUGUGGAGGAUAUUCUGGGCAACAGUGCUGGAGAAUUCGAAGACACAGAGGAAGUAUAUGAAGCAGUAGGCGAAGUUUUGAGUGAAAUAUCAGAAAAAUCAGAAGAAGAUAUAAGAGAAAUAUGUGAGCAAUUGCUACAUAUGCUACAGCCAGAUAAAAAAGGUAACAGCAAUGGGCCUCGGAAAGUACUUGAUGCUCCGAUACACUUGGCUUCCAUGACAUCUAAUGCAAAUGAAACUGACGACCUCAAAAGUAUAUGGCUGCAUACUAGAGAUGAUAAUUUGAAAGUAGAUCAAAAGAAAUUAGAAAAAGCAGAAGCUAAGUUACAACAAAAGCAGCAGAAACAGAAAGAGGAGAAGGUACCGGCAGCAGCGCCUGUACUGCAGACAGCCACGGCUUCACAGGUCACAUCAAAGAAGGACAACAAACUCGAGGCUAAAGGCACCAACAGGACUCAGGAUAUUAGAAUAGAGAACUUUGACAUAGCAUAUGGUGACAGGGUACUCUUACAAGGUGCCGACCUGGUUCUAGCAUUUGGAAGAAGGUACGGUUUGGUGGGUCGGAACGGUCUGGGCAAAACCACCCUCCUUAGGAUGAUAGCAGCCAACCAGUUGAAGAUACCGUCACACAUAUCCAUACUUCAUGUGGAACAGGAGGUCAUUGGCGAUGAUACGCUGGCGUUGCAAAGCGUUUUAGAAUGCGACGAGGUUAGAGAAAGGUUGCUGAAGAGGGAGAAAGAGAUUGCUACUGCUAUUAAUAAUGGAUCACAAGAUUCUGCGCUCUCAGAAGAGUUAUCAGAAGUGUACGCUCAGCUGGAGAAUAUCGAAGCGGACAAAGCGCCGGCGCGGGCCUCUAUAAUACUUAGUGGUCUGGGGUUCACGCCCGAGAUGCAGGCGAGAGCCACAAAGACCUUCUCUGGAGGUUGGAGGAUGAGGUUAGCGCUUGCCAGGGCGCUGUUUUCCAAACCAGACUUGCUACUAUUGGACGAGCCGACGAACAUGUUGGACAUAAAAGCCAUCAUUUGGUUAGAGAACUACCUUCAAAACUGGCCCACCACAUUACUGGUGGUGUCUCACGACAGGAACUUUUUGGACACGGUCCCUACGGACAUAUUGCACUUGCAUUCACAGAGGAUAGACACAUAUAGGGGUAACUACGAACAAUUCCACAAAACGAAGACGGAGAAGCACAAGAAUCAACAGCGGGAGUACGAAGCCCAGCAGCAGCACCGUGCGCACACGCAGGAGUUCAUCGACAAAUUCAGAUACAACGCGAAGAGAGCCUCGUCUGUGCAGAGCAAGAUCAAGAUGCUUGAUAAAUUACCAGAAUUGAAACCAGUAGAGAAAGAAAUAGAGGUAGUGCUAAGGUUUCCUGACACGGAGCCUCUGUCGCCGCCCAUCCUGCAACUGAACGAGGUCGGCUUCUACUACUCUAAGGAUAGGGUCAUAUUCUCCAAUGUCAACCUUGGAGCCACCUUAGAGUCUAGGAUAUGUAUUGUAGGAGACAACGGCGCAGGCAAAACAACUUUACUAAAAAUAAUAAUGGGCAUCCUAUCGCCCACUAGUGGGAUCUGUAACGUGCAUCGUGGACUCAAAUUCGGGUACUUCUCGCAGCACCACGUGGAUCAAUUAGAGAUGGACGUCAACUCUAUAGAGCUACUGCAGAAAGCCUAUCCAGGCAAAACGAUAGAAGAAUACAGAAGACAAUUAGGCAGUUUCGGUGUCAGCGGGGACCUAGCUCUUCAGACAAUAGCGAGUCUCUCCGGGGGCCAGAAGUCCAGGGUAGCCUUCGCCAGCAUGUGCAUGGGGAACCCCAACUUCUUGAUUCUCGACGAGCCGACUAACCACUUGGACAUUGAGACCAUUGAGGCGUUGGGGAAGUCGAUAAACAAAUAUACGGGCGGUGUAAUCUUAGUAUCUCACGACGAGAGGUUAAUACGAAUGGUGUGCAAAGAGCUUUGGAUCUGCGGCAACGGUUCCGUCAGCAGUAUAGAGGGAGGCUUCGACGAGUACCGGAAGAUAGUGGAGAGGGAACUUGAGGCGCAGAAUAAGUAGGCAAUUACUCUUUCUUAACGGCUGUGGACGAAAUGGACCGUGAUGAAGCGGCGUUGUAUCAUUUCGAAACGUUUUCUUGACAACUUACACGGUUUAAUAGGAAUAUUGUCAUGAGUUGUAAUUGGUGAAAAACGCAAUUCUGUACAUAAUAAAAAACUUGAAAUUUUAAGGCAAAUGUAAACGAUUGUUGGGUAUUUUGAUCGGCGAAACACGAAUUUUUUCGACUUAAUAAUUUUCUUCAAAUAUGUGUUGAAAGCCUAUGUAAUUGUCGAGUAAUGAAUGAGAUUAAUUAACUAGAUGUUCGUGAUUUGCGACGAAUAUUGGUAAAUAAAAUCAAGGUCCGGCAGUUUAUGGUACUUGAAUCAAUUUCAAUCAAUUGGUGUUGAUUGUUAAGUUAGGUUGAUAUGAUAAGUUUGAUGUUUUGUGUAGGUGCCAAAUACUAUUGAUGUAUAAAUAAUUUAAGGGUUUUUGUUUCACACUUACGUAACUCAGCCACUUUAUGAUUGAUUAAAGAAUUUCGUUUUUGCGACUGUUAUUAAAAUUGUAUUAAAUGAAAUACGACUUAUUUUUUUACUCAUUAUAUUUUAUGGUUGUUAACUUACCCUUAAAUAUUUGUACUUCUUUUGUAUGCAUCUUAUACAAUAUACCCUAAUACCAUACAAUCUAAUAUCGAUUAUCUAUCACAAGAGUAAGACUACCGUUCGAUAAAUUAAGAAUGGCGCGUUACGACAAACAUGAUUAAAACUUAUUUUGAUACUGGCAGAAAAAACUGAAAUAGCAAAUUACAUAUGUUUUUAGCGAUUAAAAAACAACGCAAUACUUUUGUAUUUCAAUUUCCUAAAAUUUCUCCCUCUGCAUAUUGGAUUGAGCUAGACAAGGCAUGGUCAAUUUUAAACUCGACGAUUGAAACAAUGUUACUAAAAGAAAUGUAUAAUCCAAUCCCCUGUUUGGUUUCCUUCCACCCAAAGGUUGACUGGAACAGAUUGCAUUAGCGAUAAGUCCGCCUUUGUACCAUCUCUAUCUGUUUUGUGCUGUUUUAUAUGUUUUACUUUUAUGGCGCAAUAAAGAGUUUUAUCUAUCUAUCUAUAUAUAAUCAUUAGAACUGGACUUUUAAAUAAUUAUGUAUCAACAUGUUCUGUUCGGAUUCAGCCUGGACUAAUGUAGUCAACGAGUUAAAAGUGAUUACAAAGAAAAAAUACCAACAUAUACUUAGAACAUACAGAGUCUAAAUAUUUAGCCAGAAUAUCGUAUAAAGUAAAUUUUAUUCUUUAGACCUAAUCUAAAUAUACCCUGUUUAAUGUUCAUUGAACUCAUACAUACAAUAUUUAUCCAACAAGUAGUGCCAACUUAAUCCAUUGUUCAGAUUGUUUAGAUGGUUUGCAUUUAUUGUUCAAACAUUUGAAAACCAUUCCAUUUCUUAGAUUGACUGUAUAUAUAAUUUUGUAUAUUAUAUAGAAGAAUUAAUGUGACCUUUUCUAUGAGGCAUAGAGUUAGAACCUUAUUAGAUAAAUAGAUAAAAUAGUCACAAAUUUAUAAAGACUCAAAAUUU